AUGUUGUACACCCGCGAUCCGAAGGACAAACCCCUGGUUCUGCUGAAGUCCGCGUGGAAAGCGGCAGAGCAGGAGCCUUUCGAGAAGCUGUUAAAGACGACCAAGGGAGAUGUCGAUGUGCAGGAGGGUAUGUCCCGUCUAGACCUUACUCCGGAAACCUCGCGCAGCGCCGACGCGCGGUCGGAGCAAAUGGAGUUCUACUUGGGAGCCAAAGCCAAGGAGGCAGAUCAGAUGAUGCAGGAAAUCGGAGUGGUGCUGAAGGAGAAGGACGAGGAGUUGCUCUACAGCGAGACGAAGCUGGUGGAGAAGGACAAGCAGUUGUCCGAAAAGGAGACGAAGCUGGCGGAGAAGGACAAGCAGUUGUCCGACAGCCAGAAGAAGUUGGCGGCGGUGGAGAUGCAGUACCGCGAGUGUCUGACGGAGUGCGAAGAAAUCGUGGAUGUCUGUGAUCAGGACCGCGCAGAGUGCGAGAGAUUGCUAGGAGAGAAGGAUGAGAUGGUGCGUGGACUUCAGGCGGAGUUGGACCAGGCUCGCAGUGGCAAGGGUGGUGUCGAGAAUGCUUCCUGAGCUUGGUGAUGGACGGAAUCCUCGGGCAACGUGACAAGAAGAUCAGCGCAGUCGGGCUUUCAUGAGAGGAACCACUUAGCGAUCAAAUUCAGAGCUUCACAGCCAUGUGUCCUCUGGAGUGACGGUGUUUAUCGGGUGAAGUCCCGGCAGAGCAAACUUCUGGAGUUGUGAGCCAGGUCCUGGACUUGGCCGAGAUUCGAAGAGCCAGCAUGAGAAAGACGGCUGUACA